AAGCUAUAAACAUCAAUUGAAUUUACUAGUUGAUUUGAUAUUAUUCAAAUAACUGCAUAGGGAGACUUAAUAGAACCUAUAGACUAUAGUUUACAGACAUUUGGUUCAAUCUUUUGUACUUAAAAUAUUUGAGAGCUUUUUUUGUUUUAUUAGUCGGCCAGAAAAGAUCGUGCUGAACGGAGUGUUUUUACUAGAUACUAUUUUCAAUUACAUAUCAUGGGUGAUCCUCCAGAAAUUAAAAACUUAGCAAAAGUUGUUGAACCACAUUUAAAUGGUGGCCAAUUGAUAUCAUAUUCAAGUCGUUUCUUAACCAAACCUGGCGAUAAUUAUGGCAGCGUUAUGAUGGCAAUAUCUGCCAAUAUCCGAAACGUUGAUGGAACAAUAGAAGAACGUCCACUGGUUGCCAAAUUGCCACCAAUAACAAAUGAUUUAUUUUGGAAUAUAUUCAAUCCAGAAGUUACAUCGCUUCGGGAGAAUGCAAUUUAUGAAAAUGUUUCACAAGAUUUGCUUCAACUUCAAUUAGAUAGAGGAAUUCCAGAAUCGGAAUUAAUUGACGUCUUUGCCAAAUCCUAUGGAUGUCGAAUAUCCUUAAAUGAAAAUGCAACAGUUCUUGAUCGCGAUGCAGUUUUGGUAUUGGAGAAUCUUCAAAAUAAUGGUUAUAGAGCUGGAAAACGACAAGUUAUGUUCGAUUAUGAUCAUAUUAAGCUUGUUUUGAAAUAUGUUGCGAAAUAUCAUGCUUUGCCAAUUGCCUUCCGAAAAUUGCAACCGGAUAAGUUUGACAAAGAUGUACGAUCAAAAUUUACUCGUUACGAUAUAAAUUCUCAUAUGGAUGCUAAAUUGAGUGCUUUAUUUAGAGAGCAAAUGUUAGAGGAAAUCACAAUUGCUUUGGGCGAUGAUACUAAAGCUAUUGAACGCGUUGCUGAACUAGAAUCCUUGUACCAAAAGUACAUGGGCCAACCAGAGGAAUGCAAGGAUGGUCUUUUUACCACAAUAGCUCAUUACGAUUUGUGGAUUAACAACGUAAUGAUUUUGUACGACGAAGCUGGUGCACCGAGCAAACUAAAAGUUGUCGAUUUUCAAAUAUCCCAGUAUGAAUCACUAAUGCAUGAUUUAGUAUUUUUAUUAUUAACAAGCGUUGAAACAAAAGUUCUAGAAGAACAUUUUGAUAAUUUAUUAAAAUACUACUACGAUGAAUUUAUUGAUUGCUUAGAAAGACUUUCUAUAAAAACAGAAGAGUAUAGUUACGAAAAGUUUAUUGAAGAAUUACAUAGAAUAGCUCCAGUACAAAUUCCACAUGCUUUGUAUAUGUCAAGAGUUUUACUUGCUGAUGAUCAAAAUAUGCCACCGGAUUUUAAAGAUUGUGAUACAAAUACAUUUAAAUCACCAGCAUCUAAAACAUUACUUCAAAAACUAAGUGAUAUUGUUAAGAUUUCACAAAAAUUUGGCUUUUUCUGGUAGUGUUGGAGCUGCAGUAUUAUUUUAUUGUUUUUAUUUUAAUAAGUUUAAAAUGGUCUUAGGAAUAUUUUUUGUUAUAAAAUGA